AUGGGAUCUCACUUUGGUGUAGUACAACCAAUUUUCACGGAUUUCUAUGAAUUGACAAUGUCGUAUGCCUAUUGGAAAGCUGGAAAAGCCAAUGAUGCUGCAACUUUUGAAAUGUUUUUUCGUAAAAAUCCUUUCAAUGGGGAGUUCACUAUAUUUGCUGGUCUUCAGGAUUGUAUUGAGUAUUUAAGUUCGUUUAGAUUCACUCAGGAUGAUGUUGAAUAUUUGCAAAAAAUUAUGCCAUCAACUGUUGAUCCUGAUUUCUUUGAUUAUUUGCUUAGUAUUGAUACAAAGGGAUUAUUGUUAUGGUCUGUUAAAGAAUGUUCAGUUGUUUUUCCAAAAGUUCCUAUUAUGCGAAUUGAAGGACCAGUAGUACUAUGUCAACUUGUAGAAUCUACAUUAUUGAAUUUGGUUAAUUAUGCGAGCCUAGUGACUACGAAUGCUACACGUUACCGUCUGGCUUGUGGUCCAAGUAAAAAAUUAUAUGAAUUUGGUUUACGUCGUGCUCAAGGACCAGAUGGUGCACUCUCAGCUUCAAAGUAUGCAUAUUUAGGAGGUUAUGAUGGAACUAGUAAUGUUCUAGCUGGGAAAAUAUAUGGAAUUCCAGUUGUUGGGACACAUGCACAUUCAUUUGUGUCAGCUUUUCAAUCUUCUUAUGAAGGGGAAUGUAUAAAUGAUUUCGGAAAAUUCAGAAGAGAAGCCGCCGAUCUAAAUAACUCAUAUGAUGAUCACCUUUUAGACUUAAACCGUCAACCAAUGAAAUUGAAUGAAUUUUUGAAACGUUGUUGGUAUUGGUCUGCUAGUUUAUCUCGUGUAUUAAAAUAUCAUUCAGAUCAAAUACAUCCAGGUGAAUUAAACGCAUUCGCCAAUUAUGCUAUUGCAUUUCCGACAAAAUUUCUUGGUUUACUUGAUACAUAUGAUGUGUUAAAAUCAGGUUUACCAAAUUUUUGUGCAGUUGCAUUAGCUCUUCAUGAAUUUGGUUAUCAAGCUAUUGGUAUACGUAUUGAUAGCGGUGAUAUAGCCUACUUAUCAUUGAAAAUUCGUAAUACGUUUCAGCUAAUCAGUUCACACUACAAUUUACCUUGGUUUGCACAACUUCAAAUACUUGCCAGCAAUGAUUUAAACGAAGAUACAUUACAUUCUUUUAAUCAACAAGAUCACUCAAUUGAUGCAUUUUGUGUUGGGACAAAUCUAGUCACCUGUCAAAAACAACCAGCCUUAGGAUGUGUAUAUAAACUUGUUGAAAUUAAUGGAACUCCAACAAUGAAACUUAGUGCUGAUUUUGAAAAACUUACUUUGCCAGGAAAAAAAGUAGUUUAUCGUUUAUAUAGUCAGCAAGGUGAAGCAUUACUGGAUUUAAUGAGACGCUCACAUGAAGAUUCUCCAAACGUUAAUGAACGUAUUCUUUGUAGACACCCAACUCAAGCAUCGAAACGUGUUUUUGUUGUACCCGGAAGAGUUGAACCAUUACUCAAGUUAUAUUGGAAUUAUGGAAAAUUAGUUAAACCAUUGCCGACAUUGAAUGAAUCUAGAGAAUACGCUAUGAAUGAAUUAAACACUCUAAGACCAGAUUAUAAACGUAUAACUAAACCGACGCAAUAUAAAGUUUCAGUUUCGGAUGAAUUAUAUCAAUUCACUCAAGAAUUAUGGCUUAGUAUUACACCAAUUGGUGAAAUUAGUUAG